AUGCUGGCCUCAAGGUUUGAAGAAAUCAGGAUAAAGGAUGAUGAGUCUUUUGAUGAGUUCUACGCCAAAUUGAAUGACAUUGUUAACUCUAGUUUCAACCUAGGUAAGAGGAUUCUCGAGUCCAAAAUUGUUAGGAAGGUGCUUAGGUCCUUGCCUAAGAGAUUUAGACCUAAAGUUACAGCUACUGAAGAAAGCAAGGACCUAGACACAGUUAAGAUAGAAGAACUUGUAGGAUCCCUUCAAACCUAUGAACUCACCAUUUCACAACCGAGGAAAAACAAGUCCAUAACCUUGAACACUAUUAGGGAAGAGGAGUCUGAGUCAUCUGUCGUGGAAACUCUUAGAGAUGAGGAGAUUGUCUACUUUGUGAAGAAAUUCCAGAAAGUCUUAAAGGGCAAAAAAUGGCCCCAAGAGAAAAUGAGAGGAGUCCCUAGUAAAUUACAAAGAGAGAAGAAUGAUAAAUCAACUGCUAGGAACCCUAGUAAGAAAUCUCAAGUGAUUAGGUGUCAUGAGUGUCAGGGAUUUGGGCACUAUAGGAAUGAAUGUCCUAACUUUAAGAAAAAUCUAAAGAAGGGAAGGAGCAGGGCAUUAGUUGUGUCCUUAACUGAUGAUGAUUCUAACUCAAGUGAACAAAGUGAUUCCUCAAGCAGUGAAGAGGAAAAGGGCUAUAUGGCUUUUGUAUCUACUGUUAAGAACGAGUCCGAUAAGGAGAGUGAGAAGGUUGAGGAGGAAGUAGAGAGUAACAAGUCCGGUGACGAUUCUGAGGAUGAGACAGAUAUACAUGAGGCUUAUCAAUUUCUGUUUAAGGAAAGUCUCAAGAUCAAGAAGAAUCUCAGUGAGGUGAAGUGUGUCAAUGAAAAAUUAGAGGACAGGGUUAAGACAUUGACUUGUGAGUUAGAAAAAUCUAGUACUCAACUGCAGUCAUUUAUGAGUGGAACUAAAAAACUAGACGAUCUGUUAGGAAUGAACAAACCAGCUGGAAAUAGGCAAGGUCCAGGAAUUGUGAAGAGUGAUGACAAUGUGUCUAGUUUGUCCAAGACCACAUUUGUCCCCACUUCCAACAGAUCUAAUGUUUCAACCAAUCCAGAAUCCAAAGACAAGAAUUUCACUAGACUGAAAGCCACUAAAGCCCAUAAGAUUUCUACACCUAAAUUUCAGGAUCAACACUCACGUGCAUCUGAACCUAGGUUCAUACCCACUUGUCAUCAUUGCGGUGCUGUAGGUCACACGAGACCUAGGUGUCGAAAGCUAGUAAAUAGGAAUAGAAGUCAGGAUAUCCCUAGUCAGCAUAUAAGGCUCAAAAUACAUGCAUGUGGUAUCUUGAUAGUGCUUGUUCUAGACACGUGUGGUAACAAGGUCUUAUUCUCUACCUUUGAUGACUGCAACGAUGGUCUUAAGUCCAACUUGUUGAGCAUUAGUCAAAUAUGUGAUGCUGACUAUGAAGUGAGUUUUGACAAAAAAAGAUGCACUAUUUAUGACCUUUCAAGUGGUGUUGUUCUUGAAGGUGUUAGAAUAUCUGAUAACUGUUAUGGAGUCCUCCCAAACUCGAACUAUGUGUAUAGUAGUGCUAAAAUUGAUAUGUCUGAACUUUGGCAUCAAAGGCUCGAUCAUGUUAAUUACAGAAGUCUGUCUAAAUUGGUCAAAAAGAAGAUUGUCUAUAGUUUACCUAAGAUUGAUCAAAGUGAAAAUGCUAGUGGAGAGCCUAGGAAGCAACGGUAUAUUCUGGUUGUGGUAGAAGAUUUUUCUAGGUACACAUGGAUUAAACUGUUAAGAGAAAAAUCUGAGACGGGUGAUCUGCAAAAUAGAGUUGUUGAGAGGAAGAAUAGAGUGCUUCAGGAAAUGGCUAGGGCUAUGCUUCAUGGCAAGGAUCUAGCAAUGCAUUUCUGGGGUGAAGCCAUUAACACCGCGUGCCACAUAGUAAAUAGGGUAUACCUGAGACCGAACAUAGAUAAGACUCCCUAUGAGAUCUGGAAAGGCAAGAAGCCUACUGUUAAAUACUUUUGUUUGUUUCACAGCAAGUGUUACAUUCUGAGGGAUAAAGAAAAUCUAGGCAACUUUGAUUCCAAAAGUGAUGAUGAGAGUGUCUUGGAAUCUGUAAAUGUUGUUAUUGAUGAUGCCAUUACUGAGGGGGAGAGUACUGAAAAUGGGGUUGAUAUAGAAGAUCUAAGUGAUGAUCAAGGAGCCACUGCUGAAAAUAAAGAGCAAUCAAUUCCAAAAUCUCCACGCUCAUCUGAAAACAUCUCUGAUCAGGGUUUACCAAAUUAUGAAGGUAUGAGGUUACGAAAGAGAGUUCUAAAUAACCUAACAUAUACUAGCUAUGUAUCCCAUAUUGAACCUAAGAAAGUAAAGAAAGCCCUUAGAGAUGAAUGUUGGGUGAAUGCAUGA